AUGGCUGACGAUCCAAGCGCCUCUUCGUCUAAAGGAGAAGACAACGACAAUGUCGAUGAGAAGGAAGGUGUUGGACAUAUUCUUGAGUAUGAGUGCCCAACCUACAAGCUUCAUUUGAUCAAUGGACUCGCAGGAAUUCGCGAUGACUUUUUGCUUUGUGAUGUAGCCCUGAUUGCUGAGGGAACACGAAUCAAUGCUCACCGACUGAUACUCGCUGCAUGUUCAAAUUAUUUUGGAGACAUGUUCAACAACGAAUUGCCUGAGAGCGGCUUGCGU